AUGGUAGACCUUCACUUGGCUCGUCUCCUCCUUCUCAUACUCCCGCCGCUCAUCUUCUUCAUCCUCGCCGGAAAACGAAACCCUCCCUCCUCCAAAAUCCCCACCCGAUACCCUCUACUCGGCUCCAUCUUCCACAUCUUAAAAAACCGAGACCGUCUCGUCCCGUGGGUUUCCAACAUCCUACUCUCCACCCCCAACCUAACCUUCACCCUCCACCGCCCGUUCGGGCAGCACCAGGUCUUCACCGCCAACUCCGCCAACGUCUCCCACAUUCUCAAGUCGGCCUUCCACAAAUACCCCAAAGGCGACCUCCUCCGGGACAUGCUCCGAGACCUACUCGGUGAUGGCAUCUUCAACGCCGACGGCGACAUCUGGAAGUUCCAACGCCAGGUGUCGAGCCACCAGUUCAACACGAGGUCCCUCCGCAAAUUCGUCGAGCAGGUGGUUGACGUCGAGCUCGACUCCCGCCUCAUCCCAAUCCUCGAAAACGCCGCUGGAAAACGGGACGCCUUUCUCGACAUGCAGGACGUUCUGCAGAGGUUUGCGUUCGACAACAUCUGUAAAAUCGCGUUCGGGUAUGACCCGGCUUACCUAGCGCCGUCCCUCCCGGAGGAGGAGUUCGCGCGAACUUUCGACGAGUCGUUACGCCUCACCGGCAAGAGGUUCAACACUUUUUUCCCCUUCGCGUGGAGAAUCAAACGGGCGCUCGGUGUCGGGACGGAGAAGGAACUUAUGAUCAACGUCGCGAAAAUCCGAGAAUUCGCGAAGGAGAUAGUCAGGGAGAAGAAGAAGACAUGCUCAUCGUCAUCAUUAGCGGAGGAUCUUCUGUCGAGAUUCAUGAGCUCCGGGCAUUCGGACGAGGAUUUCGUGAUCGAUAUUGUGAUAAGUUUCAUAUUGGCUGGUCGGGACACAACAUCCUCGGCGCUGACGUGGUUCUUCUGGCUGGUUUCGAAGAAUCCAAGAGUGGAAGAGAAGAUUGUGGAGGAGAUUAAAGUAAAUGAUUACGAGGCAGCGAAGAUCAACGGGGAAUCUUUGUCAUCGAUUUCCGAGGCGCGGAGCUUGGUUUACACGCACGCGGCGAUUUGUGAGUCGAUGAGGCUGUACCCGCCGGUGCCGGUGAGCACGAAAACAGCGGGGGAUGACGAUGUGCUGCCGGACGGGACUCCGGUGAAGAAGGGGUGGAGGGUGAGCUACCACCCGUACGCUAUGGGGAGGGUGGAGGAGGUGUGGGGGGCCGACUGGCCGGAGUUCAGGCCGGAGAGGUGGCUGAGGAGGGAGGAGGAGGGUGGAGGAAAGUGGGAGUUCGUCGGAAAGGAUGCGUAUACUUAUCCGGUGUUUCAGGCGGGGCCGAGGGUGUGCAUGGGGAAGGAGAUGGCCUUCCUGCAGAUGAAGAGGGUGGUCGCCGGAGUUCUGCGGCGGUUCAGGGUGGCGCCGGCGGAGGGGAGUGGGGAGCCAGUGUACGUGGUGGAAGCCACAUCGAAAAUGAGAGGGGGUUUUAUGGUAAAGAUUGAAGAGAGGGUUGGUUUUUCGGGCGUGGGUUGA